AUGUUACAAAUGUUGGCAAAUGUGUUAAUACUAACUCUAAGCAACUGCGAACACAACGAUAAGAUUGAAAGAAGCACAAAUAAAACAUCUAGUGGAGGUGAACAUUUUGUCUUGGCAAUUUUACAAAUGAAUCAGUCUGUUUCACUGAUAUUAUCAGAAAUGGUUUUUUUUUUAUUGUUUUUGUUGUCUAGAUAUGACACUUCGAGUAUUAUGUUGGCAUGGUGCACCCACUAUUUGGUUAAAUAUCCUGAAGAACAAGAAAGAGUUCGUCAGGAAAUUAACGAAAACAUCGAAAACAAUAAAAUUGAAUAUGCCGAUUUAUCCAAAUUGAAAUACCUGAGUCAAGUAAUAUCGGAAACGUUACGUAUUCGUCCUCUUUCACCGUUGUUAAUAAGUAGAAAAUGUUCGAACGAUUUCCAUUAUAAGAAUAUAACUAUUCCAAAAGGAGUUACAGUUAUGAUUCCAAAAAUUGAAUAUGCUGAUUUAUCCAAAUUGAAAUACCUGAGUCAAGUAAUAUCGGAAACGUUACGUCUUCGUCCUCUUUCAUCGUUGUUAAUAAGUAGAAAAUGUUCGAACGAUUUCCAUUAUAAGAAUAUAACUAUUCCAAAAGGAGUUACAGUUAUGAUUCCAGUACCGAACUUGCAUAAAGACUGUAAUUAUUGGAUAAAACCGGAAAAUUUCAACCCUGACAGAUUUUCAUCUAAGAAUGCAGGACUAAUAGAUCAAUCGAUAUACCAACCUUUCGGAUCCGGUUCAAGAGGCUGCAUAGGAAUGAGAAUGGGUCAAACAGUUAUGAAAUUAACUUUGGCUAAUCUCAUAAAGAGCUACAAAUUAGAAGCUUGUGGAAGUUUGGAAGUUGAAGAAGACUUCUCGUUUUUCAUACCCCGUCCAAAAAAUGGAAUUAUUGUAAAGGCAACUGCAAUAACUUCGUAAACCUUUUAAUAAAUGAAUUUUAAUGAAUUUUUUCUUUCAUUUUAUUUGGGUUUGUAAUGAAAACAUUCAUCUUAUAUAUGUUAAAUUUAUUCUUAAAAUUUGGAUAUAUGCAGUAGCGGGCUAAGAUGUGUAUAACAGAAAAUGUUUAACAGCUGUUCAAAACAGCACAGUUAUGAUUGUGAUUUGUAAUAAUACAUAUGGUA